AUGAUCUCGUCUGACCAACCAAGUUGCGUCACGCUGGAGACCAGUCAGGGGUCUAUAGUAAUUGAGCUUUAUUGGAAGCAUGCGCCACGGACGUGUAGAAACUUUGCCGAAUUGGCCAAACGUGAAUACUACAACGGGGUUCCUUUUCAUCGAGUUAUUCGAGAUUUCAUGAUCCAGGGGGGUGAUCCAACAGGCACUGGACGUGGUGGUGCUUCCAUAUACGGACGCUACUUUGAAGAUGAGAUCAGUCCAGAGUUGAAACACACAGGCGCUGGGAUAAUUUCAAUGGCCAACUCUGGUCCCAAUACGAAUGGAAGUCAAUUCUUUAUUACGCUAGCUCCAACGCAAUGGCUUGAUGGCAAGCACACAAUAUUUGGUCGGGUGAAGUCGGGAAUGCAGGUUGUCAAGAGGUUAGGGAUGAUCGAGACCGAUCCAAAUGACAGGCCUGUCGAGCCAAUCGUGAUCAACCGCGCCUAUCUCACCCCUGUUGCAUAA